AUGUCAAUAUCCAUGGGGUUGAGGUGGUCAGGUCGGGAGAUUCGUAGGGUUCAAAGAAAGGUGGUUGUCGGCGCCGGAAAUGGACGAUCCUUCUCCCAUUACACCUUGAAUUCUAGGUCCAUACGAAGACUAGACCCCUACUCAAGUCGAUUGAACUCGUCGCAGCAGGUUCGAUCGCUUUCACUCUUUGGCUGGGGCUCUAGCAAGCCAUCCGGCGAAGUUGCACAGCCCUCUCAACCGACUCCUCCGCCAGCAGCAGAAACCACUGCGCAAGCAUCGGCACUCCCCUCGCAACCGACAAUUGAAUCAAUACGAACAGUCAAAGCCUCGCACUCCACCUCCGACGCUGCUGAUCCGGCAAUUCCCACCACGGCCCAACCAGAUGCUCUGCAAAGCAUCGAACAGUCGGUUCUGCAAAGUCAAGACAAUACAUCCGCAGCAAUCGCGGCAGCCAGUGAUGCACCAGACCUAGCCAGCGUCCCAGAAGGCCUUGGAUACCUGAAGGAUGUCUGUGGCCUUGACUUCGGCUAUGGUCCGACUGCCCUCAUGCAGUUCUGUCUGGAACACAUUCAUGUAACGGGCGGACUCUCCUGGACGGCAUCGAUACUAGCCCUUGUGUUCCUCAUCCGAAGCUCAAUUUUUCCGCUUGCAAUCACGGCGUCAGACAUGACGGCCAAAUUCCAAGAAAUCAGUCCCCUCAUAAAGCAGAUCCAAGCAAAGAGUCAAGAGGCUUUGGCAAACCAUGAUCGCACUACGGUCUUGGAGGCACAGAUGCAAAUGAGAGAGCUCAGGAAAGACGCAAAGCUCUCUUUCACAAAGAUGUUCCGCCCCAUAUUAUUUCAAAUUCCCCUUGGUUAUGGAGCAUGGAACCUCCUAAGAAGCUGUUCGAAUUUACCCGUGCCGGCGUUCGAAGCUGAACACUUCCUAUGGUUAAGUAACAUAGCCGUGACUGAUCCAUUCUAUAUCUUGCCUAUAGCCACUGCAGCACUCACUUGGCUCAACUUAGCCACCACUCAAAGAUCCAACAGUGGACAGGCUCAGCUUCCCGGCAUGGGCGUGGUCCGAAACAUUAUUCCUUUCAUGACGGGCGCCUUCCUUGCAUUUCAACCAGCCUCCGUUCAGAUCUAUUUCCUGGCCAAUGGCUUUUUCACCCAGCUGCAACUUAGCGCCCUACAGAACGAAUCUUUCCGACGUCUUCUGAAGUUGACCCCGCUGCCGCACCACAGAUCAAGUACCACCACCACUCCAUAUUCACGGAUGAACGUGCAGCCGACCGUGAUUACGACCACUGCUCGAACCACCAGCGCCCGAACCACCACCGCUGCCCCUGAGCCAACUCCAGCAGCAGAUCGCAGCUUUAUCGACAAAGGUGUUGAUUCCGUGAAGUCCGUGGGGAAGAAGGCGUGGCAGAGUGUGUCUGGUGCCUCCAAAGAGCAAAUGGAAAAGAAAAUGAAGGAAAAACAAGUGGAAAAACAAAAAGAGGCUGCAGCAAAAUACGAGGCCCAGCGAAGGCAGGACCUAGAAAUUCAGCGGUCGUACCGAAAUGCGGUCGCCAGCGGACAAGUGCCUAAUCGAGCUUCACCCUCGACUCCAAGAGGAAGGAGCGAGAAGCAAAAAUAG